GAGUUGAACCAGUAAUGCCAUUCAGGUGCCAAUAUCAAGCAAAGAAACAGAAGCCAGUUCUGAUCUGCUUUUGAAGAAACGUGGCAGUGCUUUUCACAGUGCCUGACGGAACUAUAUCAGAAGGUGAGGUGUAAGCUCACAGAGUCCAGAGAAGUCAUCAUGAAGUUGUAUGUAUUUCUGGUUAACACUGGAAUUACUCUAACAUUCGACACUGAACUUACGGUGCAAACUGUGGCAGACCUUAAACAUGCCAUUCAAAGCAAAUACAAGAUUGCUAUUCAGCACCAGGUGCUGGUGGUCAAUGGAGGAGAAUGCAUGGCUGCAGAUCGAAGAGUGUGCACCUACAGCGCUGGGACGGACACAAAUCCAAUUUUUCUUUUUAACAAAGAAAUGAUCUUAUGUGAUCGUGCGCCUGCUAUUCCUAAAACUACGUUUUCAACAGAAAAUGACAUGGAAAUAAAAGUUGAAGAAUCUCUUAUGAUGCCUGCAGUUUUUCACACUGUCGCUUCAAGGACACAGCUUGCUGUGGAAAUGUAUGAAGUUGCCAAGAAACUUUGCUCUUUUUGUGAAGGUCUUGUCCACGAUGAACAUCUUCAGCACCAAGGCUGGGCUGCAAUCAUGGCCAAUCUGGAGGACUGUUCAAAUUCAUACCAAAAGCUACUUUUCAAGUUUGAAAGUAUUUAUUCAAAUUAUCUGCAAUCCAUAGAAGACAUCAAGUUAAAACUUACUCAUUUAGGAACUGCGGUUUCAGUAAUGGCCAAGAUUCCUUUGCUGGAGUGCCUAACCAGACAUAGUUACAGGGAAUGCUUGGGGAGACUGGACUCCUUCAACGAGCACGAAGGCUCAGGAAAGGCCGAGAUGAAACGAUCCACUGAACUGGUGCUCUCUCCCGACCUGCCUACAACAGCGGAUACAUCCGUGGUAACCUCAUGUCACAAGUCAGUGGGACGUGCAGCCCCGGACAGCACAGAUGCUGAGAGUGGCAGAGAGAUGCGGGAGUCUUGUCAGAGUGCUGCGCCGCAAGAUGCACCUGCAGUAGAUGCUAAAGACAGCGACCUGCCUUUUUUUAAUGUUUCUUUGUUAGACUGGAUAAAUGUUCAAGAUAGACCUAAUGAUGUGGAAUCUCUGGUCAGAAAGUGCUUUGAUUCUAUGAGCAGGCUUGACCCAAAGAUCAUCAGACCGUUUAUAGUAGAAUGCCAUCAGACUAUUGCCAAACUUGAUAAUCAGAAUAUGAAAGCCAUUAAAGGGCUAGAAGAUCGGCUCUACGCCCUGGACCAGAUGAUUGCCAGCUGCGGCCGGCUGGUGAACGAGCAGAAAGAGCUUGCUCAGGGAUUUUUAGCUAAUCAGAUGAGAGCGGAGAAUUUGAAGGAUGCGUCUGUAUUACCUGAUUUAUGCCUGAGUCAUGCAAAUCAGUUGAUGAUUAUGUUGCAAAAUCAUAGAAAGCUGUUGGAUAUUAAACAGAAGUGUACCACUGCCAAACAAGAAUUAGCAAAUAAUCUACACGUCAGGUUGAAGUGGUGUUGCUUUGUGAUGCUUCAUGCCGAUCAAGAUGGAGAAAAAUUGCAAGCUUUGCUCCGCCUCGUAAUAGAGCUGUUAGAAAGAGUCAAAAUUGUUGAAGCCCUUAGUACUGUUCCUCAGAUGUAUUGCUUAGCUGUUGUUGAGGUUGUAAGGAGAAAAAUGUUCAUUAAACACUACAGGGAGUGGGCCGGUGCUCUGGUCAAAGACGGGAAGCGACUGUAUGAAGCCGAGAAGUCCAAGCGGGAAUCCUUUGGGAAAGUAUUUAGGAAGUCUUUUUUAAGAAAUCGUCUGUUUAGAGGACUGGACUCCUGGCCACCUUCCUUUUGUACUCAGAAGCCUCGAAAGUUUGACUGUGAACUUCCAGAUAUUUCAUUAAAAGAUUUACAGUUUCUGCAAUCAUUUUGUCCUUCUGAAGUUCAGCCAUUCCUCAGGGUUCCCUUGCUUUGUGACUUCGAACCUCUACACCAGCAUGUACUUGCCCUGCAUAAUUUGGUAAAAGCAGCACAAAGUUUGGAUGAAAUGUCGCAGACCAUUACAGAUCUUCUGAGUGAGCAAAAGGCAUCCGUGAGUCAAGCAUCCCCUCAGUCGGCUUCUUCCCCACGGACAGAAAGUGCAGCGGGAAUCACAACUACUACCUCACCAAGAACUCCCCCUCCACUCACUGUUCAGGAUACCUUGUGUCCUGCAGUUUGUCCCUUAGAAGAACUAUCUCCAGAUAGCAUUGAUGCACAUACAUUUGAUUUUGAAACUAUACCCCAUCCAAACAUCGAACAGACUAUUCACCAAGUUUCUUUAGACUUAGAUUCAUUAGCAGAAAGUCCUGAGUCCGAUUUUAUGUCUGCUGUGAAUGAGUUUGUGAUAGAAGAAAAUUUAUCAUCUCCUAAUCCUAUAAGUGAUCCCCAAAGUCCAGAAAUGAUGGUGGAGUCCCUUUACUCAUCAGUUAUCAAUGCCAUAGAUAGUAGACGUAUGCAGGACACAAAUACAGGUGGUAAAGAGGGUUUUGGAGAUCAUGCUUCUCUGAAUGUCCAGUUGGAAAAAUGUAGAGUUGUUGCCCAAGAUGCUCAUUUUAGUAUCCAAACCAUUAAGGAAGAUCUUUGCCACUUCAAAACAUUUGUACAAAAAGAACAGUGUGACUUCUCAAAUUCUUUAAAAUGUACAGCAGUAGAAAUAAGAAACAUUAUUGAACAAGUAAAGUGUUCCCUGGAAAUAACACUAAAAGAAAAGCACCAGGAAGAACUACAUUCUUUGAAAAGUGAGUAUGAAGGUAAAAUCAGUGCAUUAAUAAAGGAGAGUGAAGAAAACGAAAACAAAGUUAAAAAAUUGAAAGGAGACUUGGCAUACCUUGAGGAAGUUCUACAAAAUAAAGAUGAUGAAUUUGCGUUGGUGAAACAUGAAAAAGAAGCUGUCAUCUGCCUGCAGAAUGAAAAGGAUCGGAAGUUGUUGGAGAUGGAAAACAUAAUGCACGCUCAAAACUGCGAAAUCGGUGAGCUGAAGCAGUCUCGAGAGGUCGCGUUGGAAGACUUGAAAAAGCUCCACGUUGAAAGUGAAGAGAAGAUUGAGUUGCUGCGGGCCGAACUUCAGUGCCUGGAGCAGAGCCAUCUGAAGGAGUUGGAGGACACGCUGCACGUCAGGCACACGCAGGAGGUUGAGAAAGUUACGACAGAGCACAAAGUGUCUUUGGAGAUCUUAAAACAGGAAAAUCAGCAAAGAAUUGAUCAGCUACAGGAGUCUCACACCACAGCUAUCCGUGAAAAAGAACAGCAGCUGCAGGAGCUGAAACUUAAGGUUUCUGACUUGUCAGACACGAGGUGUAAGUUAGAGGUUGAACUCGCGUUGAAGGAAGCAGAAACUGAUGAAAUAAAAAUGUUGCUGGAGGAAAGCAGAAUGCAACAGAAAGAAACACUGAAAUCUCUGUUGGAGAAAGAAACGGAGAACUUGCGAACAGAGAUAAGUCAGUUAAACCAAAAGAUUCAUGACAAUAACGAAAAUUACCAGGUGGGCCUAGCAGAGCUGAGAACUUUAAUGACAAUUGAAAAGGAUCAGUGCAUUUCCGAGUUAAUUAGCAGACAUGAAGAGGAAUCGAACAUACUCAAAGCCGAGUUAGACAAAGUGACGUCUUUGCAUCACCAAGCAUUCGAAAUAGAAAAAAGCCUGAAAGAACAAGUGGUUGAACUGCAGAAUAAACUGGAUUCAGAAUUGCAUGCGCUUGAAAAACAGAAAGAUGAAAAGAUCACGCAACAAGAAGAGAAGUACGAAGCACUUAUCCAGAGCCUGGGGAAAGACAAGGAGGAGUUGGUGGUGAGCCACGAGCAGGAGAGGGAACAGCUAACUCAGAAGCUCAGUUGCGAAAAAGACCGCGCUGUUCAGGCUGCCCUGAAAGAAUUUCAGCUGGAGAGAGAAGUCACCGAGAAGGACUUACUAGAAAAAAUUAAACACCUUGAAAAUCAGAUAGCAAAAAGUCCUGUCAUUGAAUCUGCCAGAGAAGAUUCUUCAAGCUUAGUUGCUGAACUUCAAGAAAAGCUUCAGGAAGAAAAAGCUAAGUUUCUGGAACAACUUGAAGAGCAAGAGAAGAGAAAGAACGAAGAAAUGCAAAAUGUUCGAACAUCCUUGAUUGCCGAACAACAGACCAAUUUUAACACUGUUUUAACAAGAGAGAAAAUGAGAAAAGAAAACAUAAUAAAUGAUCUUAGUGAUAAGUUGAAAAGUACAAUGCAACAGCAAGAACGGGAUAAAGAUUUGAUAGAAUCACUUUCUGAGGACAGAGCUCGCUUGCUUGAGGAGAAGAAAAGGCUUGAAGAAGAAGUCAGUAAGUUGCGUAGCAGCACUUUUGUUUCUUCGCCAUAUGGAGCUGCAGCCCCGGAACUUUAUGGAGCCUGCGCGCCUGAGUCGCCGGCUGAGACAGAUGGAUCAGCCUUGGAGGCAGCAGAUGAAGGGAGAGUGGACUCAGCCGUGGAGACGAGCAUGAUGUCUGUGCAGGAAAAUGUCCAUAUGCUUUCUGAAGAAAAACAGAGGAUAAUGCUCUUAGAAAGAACACUGCAAUUGAAAGAAGAAGAAAAUAAGCGGUUAAAUCAAAGACUGAUGUCUCAGAGCAUGUCUUCAGUAUCGUCAAGGCAUUCUGAAAAGAUAGCAAUUAGAGACUUUCAGGUGGGAGAUCUGGUACUCAUCAUCCUAGACGAACGCCACGACAACUACGUGUUAUUCACUGUUAGUCCUACUUUGUACUUUCUGCAUUCAGAGUCUCUGCCUGCCCUGGAUCUCAAACCAGCUUCAGGUGCAUCUAGAAGACCCUGGGUACUUGGAAAAGUAAUGGAAAAGGAGUACUGUCAAGCCAAAAAGGCACAAAACAGAUUUAAAGUUCCUCUGGGGACAAAGUUUUACAGAGUGAAAGCGGUGUCAUGGAAUAAGAAAGUAUAGCCUCUGGAGGCCACUACUACAUUGUGUCACUUCCUAAUUUCUUCUGCAUUGCUCAUUAGUCACUCCGGAAACAGACCAUCUUUUUAUACAAAAGUCAACAUGACAACAUACUUCAUUGGUGGACUUCUUAACUGGCGAUGUUUUAGGAACGAUAAAUUCCUCAAAACCCUUGGCUGAAUUAAAAUGGUUUUGGGUUUUAUUUUUUUCUUUUGUACCCAGAUAACUCUAGAAAUGCGGACCAAACUAAUUGAUCUUCUCAAAGGGCAUACCUGUGCAUUGUGGCUUAUGGUUAGCCAUAUUAAUUGCCUGUUAAAUAUACAUUAGCUUGAACUUAGAUGUUAAAUGUUAGUUAUUAUUACCAGCAUUUGUCCUUUUGUGAAACAGUAUCAGAACACUUGCACUCUUUAACACAUUCUUUAUAAAAAUGUAUAAAUUCUUCAAAACUAUUAAAGAGUGUCACUGCAUGCAGAUAAUCAUAACUCUGGGUUCGCCUCAGUAGAUGACUAAAGCAAAUUCUUCCAUUUUUUAAUGCCCUUUGAUAUUUCAAAAGAGGAACUCUGUAACUUGACUGACUGACUUUAAGAUCAGCCAUAAAUAAUCAGCAAUCUCGAAAAGCACUUUCAACAGCUAGUCUGGGUUCUCUAGGAAAGAGUCUGCGCUGCCGCCGUUUUCCGCUGUGGCUCUCAGACCUUCCCACGUCUCUGUGACUAUUUAGAAUAAUCAUAUUGAUGAAAUCGUAAUUCAUGGUUGAGUUUCAGAAAAAGAUGCAUUGUACAUUAACCAUUUAGAGGUCAUUUAAAUAACAAAAUACUGUAUUGUAAAAGACCUGUACAAUUUUAAAACAAUAAAGAUUUCAACCUGUAAAUGUGUGUGCCUUUUAAAGAAGGAUACAUUUUUAAUAUAUUGGAGUGAUUGCAGGGGAGUGUGGGAAAACUGUUAUGUAUCAUAUCAAAGAGAAAAUGUUUAUUACAAAAAUGUUCUUUAAUUAUAUACCGUGUAACAGUGUAAAACAGUGUUAUGUAGAAUAGAAUUGUGUAAACCAGGCCUUCCAGGGUGUUGCCGUUGAGCAGAGAUAUUUAAAUGAGUUAGUUGAUUUGGAUGAACAUUGUUGCAAGCUUGUUGGUAGAAAACCGUAACAAAAUGAUUUUUUUCAGAAAAUAUUUAAUUUCCUCAUAAAAAUGAGUUAAAUAUUUUUUUAAAUAUGUGUAUCUAAUAGUACAAGAUGGAUAAGCAUCCUAGUGUAUAGAAAACUGAAUUUGACAACAUAUUAAUGAAUAAACGAAUGAUGAUUCCA